AUGGCUGAGUCACCAGGUGGUGGUAGCGCUUCUGGAACAAGGCGUAGAGGCACUUCUUCAAGGCGCGCCAUGGCAGCACUAGCUCAAGAGGAGGCAAUGGGGCUUACAACCCCAUGUGGGGCUUGCAAGUUCUUGAGGAGGAAGUGCAUUGGUGGGUGCAUCUUUGCACCCCACUUUGGUACUGACCAGGGUGCAGCCAAGUUUGCAGCGGUGCACAAGGUGUUUGGGGCUAGCAAUGUGUCAAAACUCUUGUCAAAUAUUCCAGCCAACCAACGCAAUGAAGCUGCAGCAACAAUAUCAUAUGAGGCUCAGGCAAGGCUUUCUGAUCCAGUUUAUGGUUGUGUGUCCACCAUUUUGGCUUUGCAACAACAGGUGGCAUCUUUGCAAGCAGAGGUAGCUAUGUUGCAAAAUCAGCUGAUGAAUAAUAGGUUUGCAUAUGCAAAUGCUCUUCAGAGCACACAACUUCAACAACCAAACAUCAAUGCAACAACAAUGCAGCCAGCAUACUCCAACAAUUCAAGUGCUUCAACAAACCUUAUGAACAUGAGCAACUUCAAUAACAACCCUGGGUUUAACCUUGCAAUGGACACAGCACCCUCAUCUCACAGCUUAGAGCCUCUUCAACUCUCAAGGUUGUCCCAGUAUGAGGAAGAGGAUGAAGAAGAAAGCAGGACUCAUCUAGUCUUCAAUCGCCGUCAUUGA